AUGAUUGAAGCACAAGCCUUCCAUGUCUUUGUGCAGGUCAAGGGCCAGGACGGUGUGUUCAUGUCGGUUCCGGCAUUCCUGCACAGUGAAGAGAAUGCCACGUACAAGGAGAAUUUCAAGUCCUUGGAAAAGCUGGUGCUGGUGAUGGCUGAAGACGACACCAUGGUCCAUCCAAAAGAAAGUGAGCACUUCGGCUACUUCAAAGAUGGCUCACGGGAGACCUUGGUGGCCAUGCGCGAUGCGCCGUGGUAUACUGACGAUUGGUUUGGUCUCAAGAGCUUGGACCAGGACAAGAAGAUCGACUUCUUCUCGACACCAGGCAACCACCUUCGCUUCAAGACUGACUUCUUGGUUGAGAUGGUGCGGAAGCUUACAGAGCAUGUGCAGCGAGACCCACUCAGUGCUGGCCUAGAUGAACUAGGCAACCUGCUUUUCAUGUUGAUAAAGCUGUGGGAUGCUCACCCAUCCUUCGUCUUAUCUGCUUGCUCCUCGUCUGGGUUCAGCGCCGUCACGGUGGCCGAUGGUGCAACACGAGUCGUGCAGGCUCAACCAUGCCGCAGCUCGAGCGAAUCACCUUGCCGAGCGACCGCAGCAGUCAACCUGCACAGUGAGGCCAUACAGCGGCCAUGGCGACAUUCUCGGGAGUUUGAUCCAAACCCGAGAAGCCCGAUCUGGAGGAGCUCUGCAGCCCCUGAGCCUCUUGUUUGGGCCCGGAGUCCUGCGGGGUCGAUGCUUUACAGCAGCCAGGAUGGUGGGCCAAAUCUGUGGCAGCAGGAGGCCUUCUCUGAAGCCGCUGAAAGCCUGGUGGCUGGAGAACUGGCACAAAUCUACCAGUUGGUGAAGGCCAAGAGCGACCGUAUGUCGCAAAAAGAGGCAGAGUUGCAUCGCAGCGAGUGCGUGGUUGCAGAAGCGGUUGUUGCAGCCAAGGUUCAUUUGCGCGAAGAGCUUGAUGAGCUGCUGCGCAGCUCUCAGCGAGAGCUGAGGAAGGAGGCAAGCGUCCAAAGACGGCGUCUUGAAGAGCUCUUCCAGAAGGCUCAGGAGGAAUUUCGAAAGGCUGUGGAGUGGCGAAGAGAGGCACGAACCUUGAAGGGGACCGUGAACAACGAGAUUGAGACACGUGAGAAGCUCCAGAAAAAAGUUCAGGAGCUUCUGCGGCGAGAGAAGGCCCUGAAGCAACAACAUGAGCUCGAGCGAAAGCGCUGGGCAGAGGAGAAGGAGCAGCUACAGAAGCAAGCUUUGCACGGCACCUGGUGA